GAAUGCUGUACGAUUGAAGCGUGUCACAAGGACGGUUCGACGCCUGUGUGCGAUACUCGAGGAGGAACCCAUGCUACCAAGUGCCAUUUCCAGAAUACCAAAUGCAUACACGAUAAAAUCCAUCCAAAUAGUCCGAUAAAUCUCGACUACAAUGGGGCAUGUUGUGCCAACAACUGUGAAGGUAUACCUGAUGAGCUGGUAUGCGACCAACAUGGCAAUAUGUAUAGGAACCGAUGUCAUUUCAAAUUUAAAGCAUGUGAAAGACGGCGGAGGUAA